AUGAAUCAAGGAAAUAAUAAGAAUGACAAUAGUCGAACGUCUAUUCCUCAACUAUUACAUGAUUCUCGAAAUGACUCACAUGAACGAAUUCAAAUUUCUUCACAUGCAAUUCAUUAUGCCACUGAUAAUUUACUUCCAUCGAUUAAAUUUGUAUGUAUACCAAAAUUGCAAAAUUCGAAAGAUGGGGGGAAAAUUGUUCAGGAAUUGAUUAAAUCAAUCGAAACAAACUUUCAAGCGGAAAAUAAAAACUAUUCGAAACCUUUGGCAUUUGAUCUGUGGUAUGCAGAAAAUUUACCGUUAAAAAUUUUGGAAACAAAUAUUUCAAUGCAACGACCAAAAAAUUUUCCUGCCCAGUUUUCGGUAAUUGUUAAAAAAGUACCUUACGAAAUAUCAAUUGAUGAUGUUAGAAAUGAAUUUUCAACAAAAUAUUUAUCUAUUUUUGUUGUUGAAGAGCUAUUGAGCAGUAGAAGAGAUCGUACCCGUCAUAUUCGAAUUGAUUUAACAUCAAAAGAUGAAUGUGAAACAUUAUUGAAUGCUGGAGAAAUCUCAAUUCAAGGAUUAUUGCAUGACGUCGACGAAUAUUUCCCAGCUGAUAUGGAUGAUAUGGAGUAG